AUGGAAUAUCAAAAAAAUGACGAAGGAAAAGAAUUUGUAUCAUCGAAUAAAGAUGACGAUGUUAAAAUCGAAAAUGAAAAAACAUAUUUUGAAGUUCGAAAUGAUGUUAACGAACCUGAAUGUAAAAAUUGUCCGAAUCAAUUAAAAGAGGGUACUUCUGGUACAAAACCAAGCGACGUUAGAAAUGGAGAUUUAGUAUCGUUAUUGUUAGCAGCAACUCCUCCCUAUCUUUACAACAUACCAUUAGUACCGCAAACAUUUUUUUUCAGUGAAAUGAGACAGAGAAAACGAUCUUGGAGAGAAUUAACACCUCCAAAAUCAUUUUCUCACGAUUUAAAAGAAAAACCCCUUGAAUUAACAAUACCGAAACAGGUUGAAGAAAAGUCUAAAAAUCCGACGGAAAAAAUAACAAAUAAAAAAUAUUUUAUAAAUGGAAAUGAAAAUAAAAAAUAUCAACCCGGAAACAAAUUGAGUUCUAGUAAUUUUACCGUUGAAAAAUUGGCUAAUUCAAGUAUAAAAACCGAUUCGGAAUCUGUGAAUACAACAGGAGAAUUAACACCACCAGGACCUCCUCCUCCUCCUCCUCCUCCUUUGUGGUAUCCCCUUUUAUAUCCGCCUCAUCCACCCUACGGAAUCGAUCCAUUUCAUUUUUUUAUUGACUUUCGGGUUUCCGCUCACUUUUGGAACCGGAACCUAGCAACCGAUCAUUUUAACAACGAUAAUAUAUACACUCCCUUAUUUCGCAAUAACAAUAAUGAAGAUUUUAACACUUCUUCUUCUUCUUCUUCUUCUUUUGUAAGCAGACACAAUUCCGCGUUUACCGUACCGACAUCUAAAAACAACGAGAAAAUUAUUAAAAAAUAUAAAAAAAGAAAAAACUUACCAAAUGUACAUUACGUUAAUACGAGUUUAAAACGUAUAUACAAAUCUCUUGGUAGCAAGGAAAAUGAAGAAACGUCAUUGUCCGAAAAGGUACCUGAAAAUAAAGAUUUAAGAGCUUUAAUCGGAUUAGAAUUAGUUGUAGAUUAUUUUAAACAGGAAAAUGACAAAGAAUAUGAAAAAACAAAUGUGAUUACCAAUUCUGAUGAAAAUUCUUCUAAACUUUUAACAGUAGAAUAG